AUGUUGUUGUGGGCUGCAGCCGGCGUGCCACUCGGGGUGUAUAACAUUGUCGAGGAGUUCAACGUCGCUCUCCGCAUCCAACCCCAGAUUUUGACAGCUCUCAGUUUGGCCACAUGGGCACAGUGUCUAUACUAUGGCAAGGAAUAUUCCAUUCCAAAAUGUAUUGCAGCUGUUGUUCCUCUGCUAGCGGGGCUGGGCGGCAUUGAGGUAGGACUGGUGUUUGCCCUGAAGGCGGCCGAAAAUCGCGACCUAGGUUGGCCCAUGACUUUGAUGGCAGUGCUCAGCGCGUGCCUUCUAGCUGCCGGCGUUCUCACGCAUUACUGGGACAUCUAUGUCCACCGGACGGUUCGAGGAAUCAGCUUCUUAUUCGUUGGCAUUGAUGCGGCUGGAGACUUGUUCUCUCUGGUAUCUGUCUUGUUCGAACCGACGGUUGAUGUUCUUGGAAUGGUCAUAUAUGGCACGGAGCUGGUACUGUGGAUUGGUAUCUUUGUAUGCGGCGGCAUCUUCAAUCUCCGACCUUGGAUCCAAAGUUGCACGAAGAAGCGCAAUGAACGCGAACAGGAACCUGAGCCGGUGUCUUUGCAUGACAUGCCGUCUUCGACGUCGGUCUUCCGGACGGCUUCGGGGUCGGAUGUCGUUGCUAGGAGACCGCGAACUCAUGUGUUUGAGUUUUAA